AUGGCGGCGAUGGCGAAUUUGGUGAACACCAUGGAAGCGAAUGCUGCUGCGACUUUGCAAACUGUGCAGAGGUUAGCCCAACCGACCGGAAGCAGAAACAAAAAUGGAGAAUGUACUGAGGACAGCUUGAGUGGUGUCCCGAAAACUCUAGCUGCUUUUCUGAAAGCUAACCCGCCUGCUUUCAAUGGAUCGACAGCUCCUACUGAAGCAGACAAUUGGUUUCAAGCUGUGGAACAGGAAGCCUUCUAUAAAAAGUACUCGUAUGAGUCAUUAAGAGAGGCCAGAGAAUUGGAGCUCUUACAACUGAAGCAAGGGUCUAUGACUAUAGCAGAAUACACCAGCAAGUUUGAGGAAUUCUUUAGGUUUUCGAAAAUAAGUCAGGGUACUUCUGAGUCUUAUGAGGAAUGGAAAUGCGUCAAAUACGAAGUAGGGCUGAGGGAAGAUAUCAGGCGUGUUGUGGCUCCACUGGAGAUUAGGAGAUUCUCUAAAUUGGUGGACAAGGCGAGGGUUGUUGAAGAACAUGCAAAGACGGUAGUCUCGUCAAGGGACACUCAUAGAGGGAAUACUAGUAGGGAACUCGAUGAUUACCUUGGACCAAGGGGACAAAACUUCAAGAAAGAUGGACAUACUCCUCAGCAUCUGCUAGGUCAAGAGAACUUCAGAAGGGACAACAAUGCCCAACUUCACCGUAUGAAGGGGAGUCAUUUGUGUUUUACUUGUGGACUACCUGGGAACCUAGCCAAGAACUGCCAUCGUAAGAAAAACUAG